CAUGGGAAACAAGUGCAAUGUGGUUGUGUUGUGUUUUUGUGUGUCUACCCUGUUGUUUUCUCUGGUGUCUUGUGCACCCAAAGACGGGUUGCGCAGGAUAGGACUGAAAAAGAUCAAAUUGGAAACCAAUGACCGGCUGGCUGCUCGUCUGGGGUUCAAGGAUUAUGAGUCUUUGAGGUCUUCCAUUAGAAAGUAUCAUCUCCAAAACAUCCUUGGAGGCACUGAGGACACCGAUAUUGUUGCUUUGAAGAAUUACUUGGAUGCUCAGUACUAUGGUGAAAUAGCCAUUGGUACCCCUCCACAGAAGUUCACUGUGAUUUUUGACACGGGCAGCUCUAAUAUGUGGGUCCCAUCAGCUAAAUGUUACUUCUCGAUUGCAUGUUUGUUCCAUGCCAAGUACAGGUCUGGCCAAUCAAGUACCUACAGGGAAAAUGGGACUUCUGCUGCAAUUCAAUAUGGUACUGGAGCAAUUUCUGGUUUCUUUAGCUAUGACAAUGUCAGAGUCGGUGACAUAGUUAUAAAGAACCAGGAAUUUAUUGAAGCAACUAGAGAGCCUGGAGUUACUUUUGUGGCGGCUAAGUUCGAUGGUUUACUAGGUCUUGGUUUUCAGGAGAUAUCAGUUGGAAAUGCUGUUCCAGUGUGGUACAAUAUGGUUGAACAAGGUCUUGUUAAGGAUCCAGUAUUUUCAUUUUGGCUCAAUCGUAAACCAGAAGAAGAGCAAGGGGGCGAGAUUGUUUUUGGUGGUGUUGAUCCUGCUCAUUAUAAGGGCGAACAUACUUAUGUGCCUGUGACACGAAUAGGAUAUUGGCAGUUUAACAUGGGAGAUGUACUUAUUGCUGGUAAACCCACUGGAUAUUGUGCUAAUGACUGUUCAGCAAUUGCAGAUUCAGGGACUUCAUUGUUGGCAGGUCCAACGACAGUAAUUACGAUGAUAAAUCAAGCAAUUGGAGCAUCUGGAGUUGUAAGCAAAGAAUGCAAGUCCGUUGUUGAACAAUAUGGACAAACAAUCUUGGAAUUGCUCUCGGCUGAAGCACAGCCAAAGAAGAUCUGCUCCCAAAUUGGAUUGUGCACCUUUGAUGGGACUCGUGGUGUUAGUAUGGGUAUCGAGAGUGUGGUGGAUAAGAAAGAAAGAAGAUCAUCUGGUGGCUUUCGGGAUGCUACUUGUUCUGCAUGUGAGAUGGCUGUUGUUUGGAUGCAGAACCAGCUGAGGCAGAAUCAGACACAAGAUCGGAUAAUAAACUAUAUCAAUGAGCUUUGUGAUAAAAUGCCUAGCCCAAUGGGAGAAUCAUCUGUUGACUGUGGAAAGAUCUCUUCAAUGCCUAUUGUUUCCUUUACUAUUGGUGGAAAAACUUUUGACCUUGCCCCGCAGGAGUACAUACUGAAGGUGGGCGAAGGUCCUGCAGCUCAAUGCAUUAGUGGCUUUACUGCUUUGGAUAUUCCUCCUCCACGUGGCCCUCUCUGGAUCCUUGGAGAUGUCUUCAUGGGGCGAUAUCACACGGUCUUUGAUUAUGGUAAACUGAGAGUUGGAUUUGCCGAAGCAGCAUAGAGAAUGCUCUCGUGCCUCGCAGAAUGUCAUCCGUUAAUUGCUAGU